AAAUCUCUACAUUAAAGCAAGCCGUGUAGAAGAGAUCGUCCUCCAGGACCAGCUGUUCAAGAUGACCAACAUAUCCUAUCAUAUCUCCAACCUCCUGGAGAAGAUGACAUCCACGGAUAAAGAUUUCAGAUUUAUGGCUACCAAUGAUUUGAUGAUGGAACUACAGAAAGAUUCCAUAAAGCUGGAUGAAGAUAGUGAGAAAAAAGUUGUGAAAAUGCUCCUGAAGUUGCUUGAGGAUAAAAAUGGAGAAGUGCAAAACCUGGCUGUCAAAUGUUUGGGUCCUUUGGUGAGCAAAGUGAAAGAAUAUCAGGUGGAGACUAUUGUUGAUACAUUGUGUACAAACAUGCUGUCGGAUAAGGAACAGCUUCGGGAUAUUUCUAGCAUUGGGUUGAAGACCGUCAUUUCUGAGCUGCCUCCCCCAUCUACAGGUUCUACUGUGACCGCCAAUGUUUGCAAAAAAAUCACAGCUCAGUUGACUGGAGCUAUUGGAAAGCAAGAAGAUGUGUCGGUACAACUGGAGGCCCUGGACAUUUUGUCAGACAUUUUGAGCAGGCUAGGGGGAACUCUUUACUCCUUCCAUUCCUCCAUCCUGAACUGCCUCCUUCCUCAGCUCAUCAGUCCCAGGUUGGCCGUUCGGAAGAGAGCCAUCAUUGCCCUAGGUCACCUGGUCUUGACAUGCAAUGGGAACAUCUUUGCAGAGCUCAUGGAACAUCUCUUGUCAGAGCUGAAGAGGAAUAAUUCCACUUCUACUACAAGAACAUAUAUCCAGUGUAUUGCUGGUAUUAGCAAGCAGGCUGGACACCGCAUAGGGGACUACCUAGAGAAGAUGAUCCCAUUGAUAAUUCAGUACUGCAAUGUAGAGGAUGAUGAGCUGAGGGAAUACUGCUUCCAAGCCUUUGAGUCUUUUGCUGAUAAUAAACCAAGUGGAUAUCACCAAAGUGAUGAUGAGUAUAGUGAUGAUGAUGACAUCAGCUGGAAAGUUCGUCGGUCUGCUGCAAAGUGCCUUGAGGCCAUUGUCAGCACCAGACAUGACCUUCUGCAGGAUUUCUACAAAACACUCUCUCCCGCCUUAAUAAACAGAUUCAAGGAAAGGGAAGAGAAUGUUAAGGCUGACAUCUUCUCAGCGUAUAUAUCUUUACUGAAGCAAACUCUGCCCAUUCAGAGUUGGCUGCAAGCUUCAGAUGAAGCAGGCAAAGAGGACAUACCUCUUACCAUGCUUCAGAACCAGGUUCCAAAUAUUAUCAAAGCUUUGCACAAGCAACUUAAAGAGAAGAGCGUCAGGUCAAGACAAGGAUGCUUCACUCUUCUGACGGAGCUGGCGAAUGUCCUCCCCG